CGCUAGUGAACGGGAAAAUCACACUCUCACGAAGAAGACCGGGAUGGCCGCUCUCGUUUCUCUCUGCUCCGGUAUUUCUUUAUCCUUGUCUAAUAUUAAUGGUAAACAAUAAGGGUAAAAUGACAUCAUUUAUGGAUUGUGUAUGGUCCUGCGCAAUCCUGCGUGAUCUGUGAUAAUCAGUCGCCUUGAGGUGUAUUUUACGAAGCUUUUUCAACUAUUUCCUACGAGAUAGAUCAUACGAAAAAUGACAUUUGCAUUACGACAGUUAUAUCUGUUCUGUAUAAAGCAAAGAAAGUAUACAUCAAUAAGCCACUUGAUUAAGCUAUCUAAUCAUAAAAUUCAUACAUCUAAAGCUAUGUUUCAUGGUGAAUACGAAAUGCAGGAUCCUAAAACAGAGGCUGAUAUAGUUAAUGUUACAUUUAUUGACAAAACAGGGAAGAGAGUUAAAAUAAAAGGAAAAGUGGGUGAUAACGUACUUUAUUUGGCUCAUAGAUAUGAGAUUGAGAUGGAAGGAGCGUGCGAGGCCAGUCUAGCAUGUACAACUUGUCAUGUUUAUGUGCAUCAUGAUUAUAUGGAUAAACUUCCAGCUCUUAGCGAGACAGAAGAAGAUCUUUUGGAUCUAGCACCAUUCUUGAAGGAAAAUUCUAGGCUAGGUUGCCAAAUAAUUUUGAAGAAAGAUUUAGAUGGCAUAGAGCUGAAAUUACCUAAGGCGACUAGAAAUUUUUAUGUGGACGGACAUACUCCUAGUUCACAUUAAAGAGUUUUUUUUUAUUGAAAUUAAUUGAAUUAAACAUGUAAAUACUUGUAAUAUCAUUUACUUGUAAAAGUAUUUUAUAAUAAAUAGAAAUAUUGAAAUUUAA